CUCUGAUACCUUUCAAAACUCCAGCCUACGAGCAGAUCUUAACCUUCCUGGACUGGGGACAGGUCCUCAAUUCCGCAUCUAUUUUCAACGUAUUCUCAUUCAUACCUUAUUGACAACCUCUACACCUUUCGACGUCAAACUGCUACUAGGCUUCGUCUGAGACAAGACUCUCCCUCACCUCGAUUGAGUCAACAGGCCUGACCGGUUCUCUGAAAGCUCGUGGUGUCUCGAUCGUUGGUAGUCAACGCGUUGGAAGCUGGCCUGUGUUUUGUGCUGUUUCGUUCGUACACCACAGCCUGUGACCCCCAACUCAAAUCAACUCUUGAGAAAUCGUCUUUUGACCCGCAACCAAUUUCAUUUCGUCAUGCAAUCGCGUUGAAUACCUCGUCUGGUGCUGAGGUUCUUCCUUUAGUGGUGAUCACACCCGACGUAUUGGAUCGAAGAAGGACCCCUCGCUUGCAUUGCCGAUCCCUCUCCAUCAUGUCGGGACAACCCAAACCGAAGGUCGCGCUGGACAACGAGUGCUCCGUUGUCUACAAUAACACGCUCUAUACGUACCAGUCCGAUGCCUUCCAAUCUUUGGAGCUCGUCAGUGGGGCGGAAUGGAAACUUCUUGACCAGGGAGAGGCGCUGUCGGGAGCUGCCUGUGUCAAUGCCAACUCGACGGACACCAGCCAGGCAGCCCUCUGGAUUGUUGGGGGAACGGGAGGCUCCGCCGACUACAAGGGACUGCAAAAGUAUACAUAUUCUACGGGCACGUGGGAGUCGAUAACACCCGUCACCGCUGUCACCGAGAACAGGACAGACCACGCUGCCGCCUAUCUUCCCGGUUGGAAUGCCAUCGUCGUCUACGCUGGUAAUCAAGACGGUAGCUCAGGCUUAUCGACUCAGACGUUCAGCAUCAGCUUAUCCGAACCAUACUCAGUCCUCGCAUACGAGUCCGAUGGCGCCCCCCCGGCGACGAGCCCGAUCCUCUUGCAAUGGUCAGAUACGCAGGCUGUCAUGGUCGGUGGUGCCAGCGACAACACCCAAAUCAUGUUAUUUGAGGUCGGUUCUGGGUGGACCAACUCUGGAGCAACUCUCGCAUCACCUCUGAAGACUGGCACCGAUGGCUGGCAUGCUUCUCUGGUCACUGGCAGUGAUGGAUCGAAAAGUCUGUACACCUAUGACAUGACCGUCUCUCCAAACGUUGCCAACAGGACCCUCGUGGUCGACGCUCACGGAGCCCCUGUCUCGGAUGCCGUUGCUAUCACCAGGCGCUGGGAUGAGAGCACCCAACCCGACCGAAGGAAUACUUUGACUGCAACCAGUUGGCCAUCAUAUAACGACACGUAUGCAUCGUCAGCCAUUCGAACCAACUCAGCGGCUGCUGAAGCAAGCGAUGGGACUGUUGUGCUUUCCGGCGGCAACAUGGAAGAUGUCAUAUGCCUGUUCAGCCAGACUUCCAACAGCUGGAUCAAUGCCACCGAGCUGCUGGCUUCCAAUGACCAAAAGACUCUUCACGUGUCUACAUCAUCAGCUUCAUCACCCACGGCGUCGGCCACUGUGUCCAGCGGUACCUCUGCCACGGCCGCAGCGGAAUCGACAGGAGCAGUGGUGGCCUCGUCUUCAACGUCCUCUGGGGGCGGCAGCUCUUCCUCAUCCUCGCUGAGCGCCAACCAGGUCUUGGGCGUGAUACUGGGCUCGAUUGGUGGCGCAAUUGUCCUCCUGCUUCUAGUGUAUUGUCAGAUCAGGAGACGCAAGACGAGGCAAGACUUCAUACAGGCUGGCCACGCCAGAAGGGCUAGUGGCUCCUCCGGAGGACCCGAGAAAGAUGGAAUGGCUGUGGCUACCGAGAGCUUCCCACGAUCUCCUACCAAUCCGUCCUUCAUGCGCGGGCACAUGGCAAAGGGCUCGAACGCGUCAUUCUCAUCAAUGGCGAUUCUGAUGGGCAAAGGGCCAAAAGGUUCCAUGGACGGUCUUCCUCGGCCCUCUUUCGGAAGAGCGGGCGCAGAUAGCAACAAGCAACAGCUCAAGGGCCAGAUCAGUGGCCCAAUGCCUGCUAUCGCAGGGCCAAACCCUCCCCUUCGAGCCCUAGCUCCAGAUAUCAGGGAUGAGAAGGGCGUGUCCUUCAGUGCCGAUACCGUGGAGCCUGCAGCCACGCUACGUGUACCUGCCAACCAGCAGGAUGCCCUUCGGCGCAGUUCAGGAUGGAACAGAUACUGGUCCGGCGAGAGCGGAGCACUGAAUAUUCUCGGCUAUGGAAACAACAACGCAAAUCGCAACACUGUUGCUUCUGAGGGAUCCCGAUACUCUACCAACGGCCCUGCUGUCAGCCUACACAACCGCAGGACCCAGGACUCGGCAACAGUACCCCCGUUGCACGUCGAGGGACCACCGCGCUUUGGCAGAGUCAACUCCGGAUCUCCUACCACGAGCAACUACCCCUCAGGUCUCAGUGGAGGCAUGGCUGGACAAAUCGGCAAUCGACCUCCCAGCCAGGAGUCGGACCUCUCGGGCUACUCGAGCGGUAUACCCGCCAGCGUACACGACUCUUGGGAUCCCACUGCACUCACAAGCCGACCCUUCACUGGUACGCGGGCCACGAGUAGCAUGUAUAGCUCUGCUUUCCCCAUGCCGCCAUCCUCCCCGAGCCAGCGACCGCCCAUGCCGCGCAACCCCCAAAGUGGCAUAAGCCAGCAGCCUCAGCUGGCAACAGCACACACCUCUGACAUGAGCUGGUUGAACCUUGGUGUUGGAGACAACCGCAACCGCUACUAA